AUGGAGCCUUGGCGAAGUCUCUUACAAGAGUUAGCCGAUGUGCUCGAAACAGAAUUCGCCAAGUUGCAGAAACUGGAACGGCUCGCAGAGGGCCUCGGAGCCGAUUCAGCAGACGCGGCCUUUGGAAGGGCUGCGACAGUCCCACCAAAGCCGACAUCACUUCCAUGCUCUCCAUACACUCGUUCAGAGGAGCAGGUCUCUCAUCUGGAAAGCUCGUGGGUUCUUGCGAAAGCACUCCCAUCACUGCCGUCCGUGGCGGCGGACGAAGAAGACCUGAACAGCGAUGCGGUCGAUGACGUAACACGUUCGAUCAAGUCUUUCGUGACACAGUCGUCGAUGGGCUCCGCAGCUUCGGCACAAAGAGGACGGUCAGAACGGACCCACUUCAGGGUUGUUCGGGCCACCAAGAGCUGCCGUCUGCAGAAGAAGCCAUGGUACGUAAUUAACCCGGAUCAGAGUAAGUUUGCAGGCAGGUGGCAGGCUCUUGUGGCCUGUUGUCUGCUCUUUGUUGCUCUGGUGACUCCGGUUCAAGUCGCCCUUCUAGAGCCAGAGUUUGACUGGAUCUUUCUUGUGGGCAUCUUCGUGGACGCCGUUUUCGCAGUAGACCUCUUCUUACAAUUCAUCACGGCAUACCCAGUAACCACACCACAAGGAAUCACCUGGGAGAUUCAAGCAUCAAAAAUUCGGAGCCGCUACCUGAAGUCUUGGUUUGGCCUGGACAUUUUGAGCAUCCUGCCCUUCGAUGUUUUGACGCUGGCCCUGGAGGCAAACGAACUCCGAGAGUUGCAGGCCUUGAAAGUAAUUCGUGCCCUACGCCUGAUGAAGCUCCUGCGGCUUAUGAAGACAUCCAGGGCCCUCCAGGCGAUGGAGGCGGCAUCUGGCAUCUUUUGCCGCCUGCUCUCUUGCCACGUGCUAGGCACGCUAGGUUUGUGGGCCAUGGCCUUGACGUUGGAGAAUUCCAGUUCACCUCGCUGGAUUGACUUGGUGCAGACAGGCAGCUAUACAAUCACUUCAGUUGGCUACGGCGACAUUAGUCCUCAAAACAAUCUGGAGCGCAUGAUCUGCACUGCUAUCGUUCUGUUUUCUGGCCUGGCUUGGGCAUAUAUCAUUGGAGAAGUGGGUGCCAUUGUAGCUGACAUGACCUCGGAGGGGCAGGACUUCCGGAGAACGAUGCACCACUUGAACUCAAUGAUGAAAAGACAAGGGCUCGGCUUUGACCUUCAGUGUCGCCUACGCCGAUACUUUCUCCAGAACAGACAUCAGGCGCUUACGCUCGAACGGCAGUCCCUGAUGUCGAGGAUGAGCCCGCAGCUCCAGUCUACCUUUUGCAUUGCAGUGAACCAUCGGUGGCUGCAGAAGGUGACAUUCCUGCGCAAGUUCAUGUUCUACAUCAGAGAGCAAGUGCAGAUCGGCUCGUACGUAGCUCCUUAUGAGGCAUGCAUGGCAGAGAUUGCAAAGUGCUUAAGGCUGGGCGCUUUUGCACAGCAGGAAACAUUCGACAAUGUGCAAGUUCUCUAUAUCCUGUCUAAGGGACUCGUGGUCUUGAACAGCAAGCUUCGAUCUGAAGGUGAGGUUUGGGGUGAGGAUUUUGUCCUCGAGGACACCUCACUGAUUCUACCGGUGGCAGGCUAUGCCGUAACAUACCUCGAGACGCUCUCGCUGAACAGAGAGGACUUCAUGAGUGUUAUAGAAAGGCCAGGCAAAGCACCCAGUGCCUUGGAGUCGUUGGAUUGGAGCAAGGGCUGUCCUUGUAAGACGGACGAAGAGAAGGACCUGGAGCAUUUUUCCAUCCUGAAGCCCUCAGUUGUCGGGUUCUUGUUCUGCCAGAGUCUCAUGGUUCGGUGUGGGAAGCACGAUUUCCAUCUCACACGCAUCCAAGCAAAGUUCAAGACGCAGGAGGCUCGGGAAAAGGCAGAGAAGGCGAAGCGCAGGGAAGAGAAGUCGGCCGCAGAAAAGUUCGCCACGCACAAGGCUGCCGCAUGGCGGGGAGUGCACUUGAAGUUUGAGAAAGCGCGGGCAUCCCUGGAGAAGAUCGACUUCGAAAUUCGGGCUGCUGAGCGAAGCGUGGCAGAGAAGGGCGAAGACGAGGACUCUGCGAAGAAGAAAGUCAAAAGUCUGAAGGAGGGCAAAGACAUGAGCGAGGCGGAAUCUCAGCUUGAGGCUUUGGAGAAGAAGGCUUCCGACGCACGCAUCGCCGAGCUUGACGCUAACGAGCGCUUGUCCGUGGAGGAAAAAGCCACCGAAAUCCUCACGAGUGAGAAAGAGUCCGCUGAGAAGACGGUGGACUCGAUGAGCCGAGCGGAGAAGUUGGCCCUCGAGAAGGCGAAAUCAGCAAAGAAGAAGCUGGAAGUCUAUGCCACGGAACAAGAGGCAUUGCGGAAGAUGAUCGAAGAGAAAGAGAAAGCAGAAAGCGCAGCAUACAAGGAAUGUGCCAUGGAGAUGGCCAAGGCAUUGGAAUAUGGUAAGGAGAGAGAAAAGGCACAGCAGACCCUGGAGGCAAAGACUACGGAGGAGAAGGCAAUCGAGGCUGAGAUCGCAACGCUUCAACAAAGGUUGGAGGAUAUUCGCAAGGAGAAAGAGACGGCGCAAAUCCUGGCCACGCUGAAGGAUGCCGCCGAGAAGACCUCCUUCCAGCGAGCUCGUGGGCUCGAGAAGAAGGCCACCAAAAUCGCCACUGAAAAGAGAACCUCGACUGAAACCUUGGAAAAGCUGGACCAGAGCUACGAGGUCUCUAGCAGGGAGGCAGCGGAGCAAGAGGCAGCUGCGCUACAGGCAUCCAAGAGUCGCGUAGCAGCCGAGCGGAGGAUGCAGGAGAAAGAAGGCGAUGCUCCCAGGAUUGUCGAGGCCAAGGAUGCCGUCAAGAAAUCGCGUUCUGCACGGAGUGCGGCCGAGCGCCGUGUGGAGGAAGCAAAGAAACGGAUCCAG